AUGGAAGACUUCAUCGACUGGCUCAACACGGUUAAAGAAAUUUUAGAGUUCUGUCCGGUUCCUGAUGACGCUCGUGUUUCAUUGGUGGUGACCCGUUUCAAAGGUCGAGCUAUGGCAUGGUGGCAGAAGCUUAAAGAAUCUUGUCAACAAGCAAACAAGACUCGUAUCAACUCAUGGGAUCGUCUCACCAAGCAUAUGCGUCACGGAUUCUUACCGUUCAACUAUGAACGAACCUUGUAUAACAAGUUACAAAACUUAAGACAAGGAUCACGUUCAGUGGACGAGUAUGCUACUGAAUUCUUUUACAUGACCGCAAGGAUGACGACCAGUGAAACUCAACAACAACUGAUUUCUCGGUUCAUUGGUGGCCUCCGAUAUAAACUACAGGUUGCACUGGCUCAAUUCAACCCAUCCACGGUCUACGAAGCACAUCAACGAGCGGUUUCAAUGGAACUUCAACUUCGAUCCUCAGGAUCGUCGACUUCUCGAGCUCGCUUUCCAACCACAUCUGCUUUAGACACAAUAGGCCAGAGUGCUACUGAUAGAGUAUUAACACGUUCGGACACGCCUAAGGUCGGGAACAACACAGACACCAUUGCUAACUCCCGUCCUCCGCACACGAACGCACUUCGAUGUUUCACCUGUGGAGAACGAGGGCACAUACAAACGUCAUGUCCUAAACAGACUCGACGUGGCCUCGUCAUUCAAGAAGAUGAUGAUGAUGAACCACAGUAUGACAACUACAAAGACAAGCCGGAUGACUCUACAGAUGUGUUACAUGGAGAUGUUGGCCUUAGCUUGGUCGUGCGUCGAAACUGCUUGGUACCCAAGGCAUUGCAAGAAUCUUGGUUACAGACAAACGUUUUCCGUUCAACCUGUACCAUCAAUGGCAGAGUGUGUAAACUCAUUAUUGAUUCGGGCAGUUGUGCGAAUGUUAUCUCUUAA